ACCCCGCCCACUCCAUAGACACCCUCUAACUAUGCUAGUACAAAGGUUGGAAUACAGAAAAAAUGAACUGUGAACAACUUCUACCUCACUUAUAGUGAACUUUAACCACAUUAACUGAUACUGAAAAUAGUACAAAAUGGAUUCAGUUCUAACAGCGCCUGUGUUAAUGGGAAUUGCUUUAGUGGUUAUCACAAUACUGUUCCUCAUCCUGAAACCAGGAGCUUCUGACGGAGGACGAAAGCAGAGCAAGUUUCCGAAAACCCUGCUGGAUCCCAAUGUGAAAUAUCCAUUGCAACUAAAAGAGAUAGAGGAGAUCAGUCAUGACACCAAGAAAUUUCGCUUUGGUCUACCAUCCUCAUCACACGUGCUUGGCCUCCCUAUCGGUCAGCAUGUUUACCUGUCUGCAAAGAUAAAUGGGAUUCUGGCCAUCCGAGCAUACACUCCUGUGUCCAGUGAUGAAGACCAGGGAUACGUUGAUCUAGUAGUAAAGGUUUACUUUAAAAACACUCACCCAAACUAUCCAGAUGGAGGUAAGAUGUCUCAGUACUUGAAUGACAUGAAGAUUGGAGACACCAUUGACUUCAGGGGACCAAAUGGUUUAUUGGUAUACAAUGGAAAUGGAAAAUUUGCUAUUCGACCCGAUAAAAAAUCUGAACCCAAAGUGCGGAAGUUUAGACACGUGGGAAUGAUCGCAGGCGGAACAGGCAUCACCCCAAUGCUUCAGCUGAUCAGAAGUAUAACUGCAGAUCCAGAUGACAACACCAAGUGCUCCCUUAUAUUUGCCAACCAGACUGAGACGGACAUACUAUUACGAAAAGAGCUGGAUGAAGUUCAUCAAAAGCAUCCUGAUAAAGUUAGUCUGUGGUACACACUGGACAGACCCUCAGAAGGGUGGAAAUACAGCAAAGGGUUUGUGAAUGCUGACAUGAUAAAAGAGCAUCUCCCGUCUCCGGCCAGUGAUGUGCUCAUCCUGAUGUGUGGCCCACCUCCUAUGAUCCAGUAUGCAUGUCUGCCCAACCUCAACAAGCUGGGAUACAAAACAGAAAACACUUUUGCCUACUAAGACUUCUGCCAGCCGUUAGUGCAUUGCACAAGGAUAUAAUGUGACAAGUUGUCUGUUUACGUCUGUAAGACUUUGUGUCAAAAUGAAUGGCAGAUGUGGUUUUUAUUAAUACAUCUAAUAAUAAAUUCUGCCUGUGCUGCAAAAUAA